AUGACCAAAGGUGCCGUCAUCGUUGAACCGGAUCUUCUCCUUCGGUUCUCCACACUCCAUCGGCUGCUGCGCGUUACGGCCUGGUGUCGUCGAUGGCUCAACGUGGCGAGCCGAGAGGUCACACUUGGUCGUCCGCUGCAUCCUGACGAGCUGGACGCCGCCCUACUUCAGUGGCUUCGAAUUGUGCAGGCACUCCACUUCCCGGACGAGGUAGCCGCUGCCACCGCGGGACGCCCCGGUCCACCACGCAGUUCACUGAUCAAACUCAGUCCAAUCCUCGACGACCAAGGUGUACUGCGCGUAGGAGGGCGCCUCAAACACGCUCUGCUGCCCUACGAGAAGCACCCGGUGAUCGUUCCGCCGGCCUCCUGGAUGACGCGACUGCUCAUCGAGUCCUGCCAUCGUCGGUCUCUACACGGCGGCGUCCAGAUGACUCUCGGCUUGCUUCGUCUUCGAUUCUGGGUGCCACGAGGAAGGACCGUCAUUAAGCAGCAACUUCAUCGGUGCGUCACUUGCACUCGCUGGCGAGCGGCCACUCCACAGCCUCCAAUGGGCAACCUUCCGCGUGACCGAGUGACGCCGACUCGGCCAUUCCUGAGCACUGGCCUGGACUACGCGGGACCCAUCUUCAUCCGGACCAGCAAGGGGCGCGGACACCGCUCACAGAGAGGAUACAUAGCUGUCUUCGUAUGCUUUUGGUCGAAGGCUAUCCAUCUCGAGGUCGUCUCGGACUACAGUUCCGAGGCCUUCAUCGCCGCCUUACGCCGCUUCGUCUCCCGCAGAGGCCUGUGUACGGACGUGUACAGCGACUGCGGCACGACGUUCGUCGGCGCCGAUCGCACCCUGCGCGAGCUCUUCAAGGCGUCAUCUUCCGAGGGCCAUCACAUCGCUCGCGCCGCCAACAAUCAAGGGAUCCGCUGGCACUUUAAUCCGCCAGCGGCCCCUCACUUCGGUAGUCUGUGGGAGGCUGCCGUAAAAUCCACAAAAUUCCACCUCCGUCGAGUAAUCGGCGAAACCACCCUCACAUAUGAGGAACUUAGCACACUCCUCACGCAAAUCGAGGCGUGUCUUAAUUCUCGUCCGUUGCAGGCUUUAUCAGACGAUCCGGACGACACUUCGGCGCUCACACCAGGCCACUUCCUCAUCGGGGCGCCGCUAUUAGCCGUACCUGAGCCAUCGUUGACUGGUCAACCAGCAUCCACUCUGUCACGCUGGCGUCAUGUCCAAUUGAUGCGAGACCAUUUUUGGCAGCGUUGGUCAGCGGAGUACGUGCACGGCCUUAACCCCCGCACCAAAUGGGUCAAGGCCGAGGCCGCACCUCACGUGGGGGACCUCUGUCUCAUUCGUUCGGAGCUCACCCCUCCGACUCGAUGGCCUCUCGCACGGAUCACGAUACUGCAUCCCGGGGACGACGGUAUCGUCCGCGUGGUUUCGGUCCGCACCGCCACAUCCGAAUUCGUGCGCCCGCUCGUUAAAUUAGUCAUGCUUCCGGGCGCGGAUCGUAUUCCUGGCAUGACUAACGCGGACACGUCGUCCGCCGGCACGUAA